AUGUCUACCCAAUCAAAAACUAUGGCUCAUGCUAACGAUGGCGAUCAGAAGAAUGCGUCGCAUAAAGAUGGGGAAGAAAGUAGAUACGAAGCUGGAAAGGCACAUUCACAUCUAGGAAACGACCCGAAGGACCAAAGAUCGAUUGCGAAUCGAUUAGAGUCUGAAUUGAGGAAAAAGGAUGACGACAACUACAAUCCCGAUCCAAACAUCCCGAACAAAGGCCAGAAGCCGACCGAUUUGGCUAAAGAACACGGUCAUCAACCUAGCCGAGGUGCCGAGAUUGACGAGCAAAUCAGGCAAGAAGAAGAGGCUGAGUUGCGCAAAAAAGGAAUUAACCCUUAG